AUGAUAUCUAUUGCGAAGCAAUUAUACGGCAUAUUUUUGAAGGGCAACUCAAUGCACAAGGAGCGCGUCAGUGCAGCAGCAGCUAAGCUCCUUAAGACCGGUGAAUAUCUUCGGCUCCCUGACUCUUCUGAGGGAAAAUAUACCAAUUUUGUGUCACAGGUUCUCAAGGAAGCCUGCCUCAGUUUUUACUAUGGCAAUGGUAAAAAAGCGCUCAAGCUAACUGAUGAAUUUCAACACCAAAUUCCUGUCAACAGCCUUAUCCUGGUGGCCGCGGUUGCGAAGGGUGUUCUCUCCGGCUUCUGCAACAGUGGUACUGACAAGGUGCCUGACCUUACCGCUGAUAUGUGCAGGGCUGACUUCAACAUACUGCAAAAGUCCAUCAACAAAUUGAUGGACAUUCCUGAACGUCGUGUGGAGCUUGAAGAGAUGCUGAGGGAAUGGGCCGAGGAGGGGAUGAUAGGUGAACUUCACAAUGACUCGGACAGUGCAGCAGACAGCGAGGAUAUCAAUAUCAUCAUUUAG